AUGUCGCGUCAUGCAUACGACAAGAAAAUACCCUCCGAAAGUACGGCGUUAACUAGUAAUUUUGAAUCCAAAGAAGCCACCGAUAGAAUGACAAGAAAAUGCUUCCGAAUAAAAGAUCUGAAAUUAAUUCUCUCAGAUCGCUUCUUGCAUUUAAGAAUAAAGAAUCCAGCACCAUUAAUCAAAGAUGUUUAUACUCAUCUAUCUCAUCUAGUGGAGAAGAAAGAUACCAAGGCAUCUAUAAAGAUAAAUUUAGAUAAAGGCAACUUUGGUCCAGCUACAAACGAUAAAGGAAUAACAGUACUACCGAUUCAACAAUCCUGUUCAUGUCAAUGUCUUGAUGACACAAUGAUCCAAGGCCGAGGCACCCGAAUGAGAAGGAAAAAGGAGAAGAAAGAGCGUACACCACAAAGUCCACACAACAAAACUCCGUCUUCAGAUAUAUCCUUAUACAGCAGCUUAAGCCUCACUUCCCAGACGGACGAUACAAAGACCUCAACCACAAUUUGCAGUCGACUCGAAGUAGAUUACAUAGAAGAAAAGCCAAGGAGAACCGCAGUAAGACGAGUCAAGAAGGUCAAAGUUAAUGUGGCAACUAAAACCAACCAAGCUACUACCACGGAUAAGACUCAAAUAUGUGAUGUGAGCACCAUAACUGAUGAUUGGUGGAGUCCCCUUGUUGAAAGAAAACCGAUGAAGUUUCACGAUGAAGCUGGUGAUCACAGAUAUAGAACGAGAAAGAGCAGAGGAGUUGCUACAGAUAAGCGUAUUGUUAAAUUCUUAAGCCGGGCACAGAUUAUACCGAGAGACACUUGCGAUAUUUUAUCUCCAUCAAGAUAUCUUUUAGAGUCUCAAAAGUAUUAUAAUGAGCUAUUCUCGUCGAGAUUGUUUACUCCACAUUUGUUCCCUUCUAUAGUAACAAAGGGAACAAAACAUGCGUUAGAAAAGUCACAUUCGGAUGAGACUCCGCGCUCGAGAGUUCAGGCAAAAGUGAAGUCUAGCAAAAAGAAUAGAGCUUAG